AUGGAACUGACCAAGUGGACUCCUCAGGGAGCCCCCAACCAGACCCAGGACAGCACUGGCUUCAGCUACCUGCUGAGAGACCACAUGGAGGGGAGGAGCGGCACCAACUCCACCAGGGCCCUGAAACUUCCAGAUGGGACCAGUGCUGCCUGGUACAUCCUCACCAUCAUUGGCAUCUAUGGAGUGAUCUUCCUCUUCCGAUUGGCCAGCAACAUCCUCAGAAAGAAUGAUAAAUCCUUGGAAGAUAUUUACUACUCCAAUUUGACCUCCGAACUCAAAAAGAAAGGUCUCCAAAGCAAGGUGGCCAAAUGCUCUACAUUGACCAUUAGCAACAGAGCUGUCCUGCAGCCCAACCAGGCCAGCCUGGGGCCAAAAUAUAAAAAUAGUGCGUGCCAAACUGAAAUCCAAGGGAUCCCUUGAAAGUCAAGGCAAGAAGACCUCCACAGAAGAGGCCCAACCAACCUUCCUACAAGGGGAAGCAGCUUUGAGUUUACCUGGAACCUUGAGAGAGGAGUCAGGUCCUUGAGUGGGGCUGGAUGAGCAUCACUGGGCUACUUAGGCCAAUGGGAGUGUGACCAAAAGCCAGCGUCCUGUUUCCUUCUCAGGCUUUGUGGCACUUUGAGACAGGACAGCAGGGGCAGCAGAUUCUGGUCAUACCCUUCACUGGGAAAGCUUGUGUUCCAGGGAAGGACUUGGAGCAUCUUGUGUUCUCAGAGAAUC